GAACAGGAAGUAGGAAGUUUGGAUAAAUGCGAGGAUUCAAAAGGAUUUCCGGUUGAAGAUGGAGACGGACAAUGUAGAGGCGACGAUCAAAGAAGCCAUGGAUGAUUCAUGGCGACAAUCCGUAACAGCAUUAAUAGUCAGGAAGAAUACAACUCACUUCAAACAGCUCCUGCAAGAAGAAAUGGAGAAUUUGAUUUUUCCAAACAUGCUGAGGAAUCUACAAAGAAGCAUGUUGGCAAGCGAUGUAUACUUCAAACUUCACGAACUAGCGCAACUCGGUGACCUUAAUUACGAUAUCGUCCAGUCUUUCAGAGAUACCGUGUAUGGGGUUGAAGACAAAGGGGUUGACAUCGAACCAAGGAAUUCAACAUUACUUGACCUUCAGUUUCUGAUACUCUCAAAAGAAUCUCCAAUUGGACAGUUACUCGACAUAACAUCUGCAAAUAAUGACGCGAGUAUGAAAGACGUCCCGAAUGCCACUGAUAUUGCGCAAAAGGAUCCCCAAGAAGAAAUAAAAGGAUGUGAUGAUAUCAAGGAUAAAACAGUAUCAGCUGAAACAAAACAGCAGUUACUUGCACAGGCAAUGGGACAAUUAAAUACAAUAGAUGACACAUUUCAAAGCUCACGUGAGCAAAGACCCGAAAUUCUAGAGGAAAUAGCCUCGAAAGAAAAAAUGUGGCAUCCAAGAGAAGAUAUGACGACUGCCUUGACAACUGAUCUUUUCAUGACAAAGGCGAAAUUAUUAGUGUCUUAUAGAAGAACAACAAAACUGGUGACGGCGUUGAUCCAACAGGCGAAGAAAAAGGAAAAAAACACAUGGGCUCCAGUGUGA